AAGACUGGGAGGCGAUCCAACUCUGCCAAUUGUCCACCAUCAUCCUGCGGAUGGUCACCACAUACACCUACGUUCCUGACCUCGCAAAUCUUUGCGAGUCGAGUUCGUCGGUUAUUUAGGCUGUUCGUGACUGCCUAACCCAAUUGUCAACAGGACAUUGCGUAUAGGGUGUCGAUUGAUGGAGCGGAUCGGAGUAGAGAUCGGCCCAACCGUCGCCAAGACACCAUAGUCUCUGCUCUUGCAUCGCUGGACAGCACUGCCGGGCGUCUCGGGCGCCCAAGCUGCUGGAAACCCCCAAGCUUGACUUCAAGAAGUGAUCUUGUCUUGAGCAUCUCGGCUCGUUGACCAGGUAACGCUUCUGGGGUGGCAAAGAUGGCAAGCGCUACCAUCGGUACCCCAUCAGCCAACGGCUCGUCUCAAUCGAACGGCAAGCAGAGAUCUUCGGCCGGUCCAUCGCCGUAUGCUCAGCCUUUUGCACUGUCGGAGCAGUACAAGCAGGAGAGGCAAUCUGCAGCAGCAGCCAAUGGCACCUCGGAUCCUUCUCCUCAGCCUACACCCUUUGCGCACGAUCUUUCAGUCAAGCUGAUUUGCAGCAACUGUCAUGCUGACCCGCCCAAUAUCAUGGAGGAGUUUGCGAGCGGGGAUCUGGUUUGCGGAGAAUGUGGUUUGAUUCUCGGUGAUAGGAUCGUCGAUACGAGAAGCGAGUGGAGAACGUUUGCGAAUGAGGAAGGAGAUGAUCCUUCGCGUGUAGGUCAAGCCGACAAUCCGCUCAUGGACGGUCUGACCGAGACGCUGGGCACUCGUAUCGCCUUCGACGGCAGCGCUGGCGCCACGCUUCAAAGGGCCAUGAACAGAGUCAAUGGUACUCAGCAUCAAAACAUACUGGAUGCCUUUGAGGACAUUCAGCGCAAGUGCGAUUCCAUUCACCUCAACAGGCAAGUGAGCGAGAUAGCCAAGCAGCUGUACAAGAGGGUGGAAAUGGAGCGCAUCUUGAGGGGUAAAAAGACGGACGCGAUCAUCGCUGCUACCAUCUUCAUCGCGUGCAAGAUGGCCAAUGUUCCGAGAACCUUUGUGGAAAUUUGUGGCUUGACGAAGGUGUCGAAGAAACUCAUCGGGCAGUGCUACACUGAGAUUCAGAAAGUGUUCGGACUGAGGCAACCGAUGGCAGCAGCAGCAGCCGAAGGAUCUGGCGGAGGGGUCGGACCAACGAAUGCCGUGGACCUCAUCAAUCGCUUUUCGAAUCAUCUGGCGCUGGACCAGCCUACCAGUAGAUGCGUCAGGGAUGUGGCUGAGCAAGUUAGGAGCGAAGGUCUUCUCGCUGGUAGAAGUCCCAUCACCAUUGCUGCUGCUUGCAUCUUCUUUGCCACGACAGUGAUGGGCAAGGAGAUCAGUGCAAAGGCCAUCUCGAACGCGGCAGGCGUGAGCGACGUGACGAUCCGCACGUCGUUCAGAAACCUCGUUGAGCACAAGAACAAGAUUCUGACUUCUAGCAUGCUUGCCAAGCACAAAGAAGCUGACCCGGCGAACCUGUCUUCUUCCAACUGAAAGAAUUUACGUACUUGCUCCUUCCUCGAUCGUACCUCAGUCUGACAUAGUUUACCGAGCGCAGAGACUGACCUACCGAAUCUAUCCUCUUCGGAGUCUGCGUGUAUGCAAGCCCUCAUUUCUGAUCGCCCUGUUCGACACGCUCGCCACACACACAGAGUUCAUCCCUUCUCUGGCACGCCACUGCACCGCACUCUCGACGCGAGGGAAUUCAAAUAGAUGAUAGCUGACGCGGGGGCGAGCCUGCCAAAGAGGUGGGAGAUAGAAAAGAUGGGC